AUGGAGGUAAAACCGCCGCCCGGUCGUCCCCAGCCCGACUCUGGCAGUCGCCGUCGUCGCCGCUGCCGGGGGGAGGAGGGCCAUGAUCCAAAGGAACCAGAGCAGUUGAGAAAACUGUUUAUUGGUGGUCUGAGCUUUGAAACUACAGAUGAUAGUUUAAGAGAACAUUUUGAGAAAUGGGGCACACUCACAGAUUGUGUGGUAAUGAGAGACCCCCAAACAAAUCGUUCCAGGGUCUUUGGUUUUGUGACUUAUUCUUGUGUUGAAGAGGUGGAUGCAGCGAUGUGUGCUCGACCACACAAGGUUGAUGGGCGUGUAGUGGAACCAAAGAGACCGGUUUCUGGAGAGGGUUCUGUAAAGCCUGGUGCCCAUCUAACGGUGAAAACAAUUUUUGUUGGUGGUAUUGAAGAAGAUACAGAAGAAUGUAAUUUGAGAGACUACGUUGAAAAGUAUGGCAAGAUUGAAACCACGGAAGUUCUGGAAGACGGGCAGAGUGGACAAAAGAGAGGAUUUGCUUUUGUAACUUUUGAUGAUCAUGAUACAGUUGAUAAAAUUGUUGUUCAGCAAUACCACACUGUUAAUGGGCAGAAUGGUGAAGUGCAAAAGGCCCUUUCUAAACAGGAGAUGCACUCUGCAGGAUCACAGAGAGGUCGUGGAGGUGGAUCUGGCAAUUUUAUGGGUCGCGCAGGAAGCUUUGGAGGUGGUGGAGGUAAUUUUGGCCGAGUUGGAAACUCUGGUGGAAGAGGAUGCUAUGGUGGUGGAGGUGGUGGCAGCAGAGGUAGUUAUGGAGGAGGUGAUGGUGGAUAUAAUGGAUCUGGAGGUGAUGGUGGCAACUAUGGCGGUGGUCCUGGUUAUAGAAGUAGAGGGGGCUAUGGUGGUGGUGGACCAGGAUGUGGAAACCGAGGUGGUGGACACGGUGGAGGUGGUGGAGGAUAUGACGGUUACAAUGAAGGAGGAAAUUUUGGCGGUGGCAACUACGGUGGUGGUGGGAACUAUAAUGAUUUUGGAAAUUAUAGUGGACAACAGCAAUCAAAUUAUGGACCCAUGAAAGGGGGCAGUUUUGGUGGAAGAAGCUCGGGCAGUCCCUGUGGUGGUGGUUAUGGAUCUGGUGGUGGAAGUGGUGGAUAUGGUAGCAGAAGGUUCUAAAAACAGCAGAAAAGGGCUACAGUUCUUAGCAGGAGAGAGAGCGAGAAGUUGUCAGGAAAGCUGCAGGUUACUUUGUGACAGUCGUCCCAAAUGCAUUAGAGGAACUGUAAAAAUCUGCCACAGAAGGAACGAUGAUCCAUAGUCAGAAAAGUUACUGCAGCUUAAACAGGGAACCCUUCUCGUUCAAGACUGUCGUAGCCACAGUUCGCAAAAAGUGCAGCUAUUGAUUAAUGCAAUGUAGUGUCAAUUAGAUGUACAUUCCUGAGGUCUUUUUUCUGUUGUAGCUUUGUCUUUUUCUUUUUCUUUUCAUUACAUCAGGUAUAUUGCCCUGUAAAUUGUGGUAGUGGUACCAGGAAUAGAAAAUUAAGGAAUUUUUAACUUUUCAAUAAGUGUGUAGUUCAGUUUUUCUACAUUUUAGUACAGAAACUUUAACCAAAUGCAGUUUCCAAGGUGUUUCCCUGUGAGUUAACAAGUAAAACAGACCAUUGUUAAUUACUACUCUGUAUGAAUGUUGCUAAAGUUAACUGUAAAGAAACACCUGCUGACUUGCAGUUUAAGGGGAAUCUAUUCUCCCCAUUUCCAAACCAUGAUAUGAAUGGGCGCUGACAUGUGGAGAGAAUAGAUAAUUUGUGUGUUUGCAAUGUGUGUUUUAGAUAAAUAGGAUUGGGUAUUUAAAUUAGCAUUUGUGAAUUUAAUAGCAUUAAGAUUACCUUCAAAUGAAAAAAAUAUCAAAAUUUCUAUUUGGUUUUUGUGCAUUUUCUUUUAAAAUGUAAUCAUGACUUUAGUGUGUUAGACUUGCUGAGUCCUAGCUGUGUUUAGAACAUCUCUAUUCUACAUUUACCUUGGUCAAGUUUGAACUGCUGCCAUAGGUUUUGGGUGUAAAGAAUGUUUACUGCCCUCCAUUUAAAUUCUGAAAAGGGAUAGUGGAUGUUUUCCCUCUCCUACAUUAGAAACCAUUCUUAAAAACUUGAAAAUAUAGAACCAUUAAGCCUGCUAUAUCUGAGCAAAUUAGUGGGUACCUUUUUUUUUUCUUUAAAGCACAAGAGGCCCAUAAAUCUUGAGUUACUUUCCUUAAAUUCUUUUUUUUGAUAUAAGUUUUCAGAGCAAGAGAAUAAAAAUCAUGUGUUAUUAAACCCCUAACUGGCUGGCAUGCUUUCCUGUUUGUAUUCUAUACAUUUUGCUGGAUGAAAACAAGGAUAGUUUAGGUAUAAUUGUCCAAAAUAAUCUAACUGCAGCAGAAAUGUAGCACAGUUGCUUAGUACAGGCUUCUCACUUCCUACAGACCUGAAUUCAAAUUUGGAUAGUCUGAGUUCUUAAAUUCCCAAAGAACACACUGUUACUUCUUGUGUAUAUUUCAACAUAAAUCAUGUUGUUACCAAUUUGUUUAGAAGGCCCUGGUUGAGAAGAGUUUUAGUUAAUAAGGUCAUAUAUACAUAUAUUAAUAUAAACCAAUGUCUACUGUUUUGCUCCAGCUAGUGCUUACAAUUUCAUUCGAACCCUGAGUAUGUGCCCUGCUGUUACUCUUUCUUUGGUAGUUGAACGAUGAAUUCAAGUCUUUUUUGUUUUAAGAAGUACUAAGCAAACAAGCAAUAAAAAGGGGAAUGGGGCGUGCUAGUGUUUGAAUAUGCUCUCUUGUCGCUCUAAUUCUGUGCCUCUGUGCAUUAAUAUUUGGAUGCAUGCUAUGCCAGCAUGGAAAUUGGUCUUCACACAUACUGCAGUUUUCCAGAAACAUUCACAAACCAAUAAAUGUAACAGACAUUCCAUUUGUUAAUGGGCAUAUAUGUGAAAAGCAGUGUAGAAAAUAGGCUAAUAUUAGAAAAUGAUUAAGUCCUUAAUAACUUCAAGUGUGGUUAUAUAAUGGACACUGUCAAUGUUCAUAACUUAAACCUGGGUACCUGGUCAAAAUAAUGCUUGGGAAACAUUAAAAUUGAGCUAAAUUGUCUCAAGUUCUUUUAUUCAUAUAAAUAAAGUUUAAAGGAAU